AUGUGCGUCCCGGCAUCAACGGAAUACACAUCUGUGGAUAUUGUGGGAACGUUUGUCCACGACAUCACUCCGAACGCUUUGACUACAUCUGCGAUUAGUGUGCCCGAAGAACGUAUCGAUUAUUUGGAAAUCGUUACUGAGCAUAGAGCUUCCACGGGAGGCCGGUUCGAGUCGGCUGAGCCACUAUUUCACUGCACACAUCUUGGCCGCGAGGAAGUGGCCAAAGGCCCAAAGGCCGAGGAGCGCCAGUCGAAAGUUUACUAUCUUGAAUGCCGUCUUGGUGACGAAAGCCGGCGACUUGAUGGAGCUAGUGAACUCGGAGUCUCGCGUGAUGCUGCUGUACUCGACGCGAGAGGAGGCCAUCUGGAUCCUCACGGCUGCCAGGGAGCUCAAGAUCACUGGCGAGAAUUACGUGUGGGUGGUGACGCAGAGUGUGAUCGAGAACUUGCAGACGCCCUAUCAGUUCCCGGUCGGCAUGUUAGUUGGUUCGGAGAAUUAUCAGAAGCAAAUGGGACGAAGAAGUGGUGGGUAAAAACGGCGCAGAGAGGCUACCAAAGAAUAGGCGUGCACUUCGACACGAGCAGCACGUCGCUGGUGAACGAGAUCACGACGGCCAUCAAGGUGUACGCGUACGGGGUGGAGGACUUCGUGAGCGACCCGCGCAACGCCAACCUCUCCCUCAACACGCAGCUGUCGUGCGAGGGCGUGGGCGACUCGCGCUGGAAGACCGGCGACCGCUUCUACCGGUGA